AUGGACUCCACAAGCUCCGAGAAGGUGCAUUCCAGCGCACCCCACAAGCUCUCCCUCUUUCGUCUUGUUCGCGACCAAGCUCGUAUCAGCCCCGAUGUUCAGGCUCACGACUAUGAGGGCUCGGGAACGCCAAACGAUCCUUUCCUGGUCACCUGGGUACCCGGAGAUGCUGGUAAUCCCCUGAAUUGGUCAACAUCCUUCAAAUGGCUUGUUACCAUGACCGUCGCUAUGACAUGUUUCGCCACGGCCUUUGCGUCCAGCGCCUUCAGCGGUGCUCUCCGUGAGCUCGUAUAUGGCUUUCAUGCAUCACCAGAACUCAUCACAGCCGGUGUAUCACUUUUCGUCCUAGGCUUCGCUCUCGGUCCCCUUGUCUGGGCACCCUUGUCAGAGACCAUCGGUCGUCAAUACGUCUUCUUCGGUACGUUUGCCGCGUUCACCGCCUUCCUUGCUGGUGUCGCCGGAGCUCAGAACGUCGGCACUCUCCUCGUUCUAAGAUUCUUUGCUGGCUCCUUUGGUUCUUCGCCCUUCACCAAUGCUGGAGGUGUCAUUUCCGACAUCUUCUCUGCUCAAGAACGCGGCUUGGCUAUUACUAUCUUCAGUAUCUCGCCCUGUAUCGCACCCGCAGUAGGUCCGUUGGUUGGUGGUUUCUUGGGCGAGAACGAAGGUUGGCGUUGGGUUCAGGGAUUAUUGGCCAUCUUCGCAGGUGUUUUGUGGAUCGUUGGUGCCCUGAUCGUUCCAGAGACAUAUGCUCCCGUUCUGCUCCGCCGUCGCGCGGAGGAACUUUCAAAAAGGAACGGAAUGACAUAUCAGAGCAAAUUUGAUGCCGAGAGGGGUCCUGUGUCUGCUAAGCAGAUGGUCUCUACAGUGCUCGUUCGCCCCUGGGUUCUGCUCUUCACUGAGCCCAUCGUGUUGCUCUUGUCCAUCUACAUCGCAAUCAUUUAUGGAACUCUGUACCUCCUGUUUGCUGCUUUCCCCAUCGUCUUCCAAGUCCACCGUGGCUGGAGUGAAGGUAUUGGUGGUCUGGCAUUCCUCGGUGUUGCUGUAGGCAUGUUCGCUGCCAUUGGCUUCAGUCUUUAUUCGCACAAGUGGUAUUUGGCUGCCGCGGCCAAAAAUGGCGGGUUUGCACCUCCGGAGGCCCGUCUCAUCAUCGGCAUGUUCGGCUCAGUCGCUCUGCCUAUCGGAAUGUUCUGGUUUGCAUGGACGAACUCGCCCUCUAUUCACUGGUCCAGCUCUAUCAUCGCAGGUGCGCCCUUCGGUUUCGGCUUGACGCUAGUGUUCUUGUCUGUCACCUCCUACCUUAUUGAUGCUUACGUCAUUUACGCCGCCUCGGUGCUCGCCGCAAACACCGUUCUGCGUUCGCUCUUCGGUGCCGCAUUCCCUCUCUUCACCCGCUACAUGUACGAUCGUCUCGGCAUCCACUGGGCUUCAAGUAUCCCCGCCUUCCUCGCCCUCCUCUGUGUCCCCCUACCUUUCGUCUUCUACAAGUUUGGCGCCAGAAUCAGAGCUAGAUGCACCUAUGCUUCUGCAGCUGAAAAGGCAGUCAUGAUGCUGCAAGCGAAGGCUGCCACGACAACAGUCACAACAAGAGGCAGCAGUGUGACCAGUGGCGAUGACAUUGAUCUUGAGAAGGCUCAUGUGCAAGAUCCUCUCGAGCUUACAAGGGCAAAGACACAUGAGACCAUCCGAGAUCCCACAGCUGUUUACGAGGCCAGUCCUUAUGAUAUUGACCGUGUCAACACCAAGAACUCGGUUGCUGGCAUUUGA